AUGUGGCUUGAAAGUCUCAAGAGCGCUGAUCCCGGAGAAACGCACAAUAUUCUCGGCUACGCUCUCAAGGUCGAUAUUCCAGGCAGUACCUCACACAAACAGUUACUGGAGAAAAUUGGCGAUGCCAAGAUACCGCCAUCCUUUACGCCUGCAGCCGUGCAGUUUCAGACAAUCGGAAAUAGACAGCAAGCCGGCUCAACGGCCAAUUCCGAUGACGACUAUAAUGCUUUCCUCUUCACCGAGAUGUGUUACACACAAAGCCCCGAGGAGGUUGCAAAAGGUAUCGUCGGGCCUCCCCAGUUCCCGCAAAACGAUUUGCAGUGGAGCGGAAAUUGGUUCUAUGAUUCCAUCGGAGGUUCCAUGGCCAUGUCGAGCGAAAUCUUCAUGAACGAAAUUGUCGGUAGGCUGACCAGACCCCUAUAUGAGAAGGCCACGGCCUUUGCAGAGCCGCUGGCAAAGGGGCAGACGUGGGAUGCCGAUGCACGAGUGAGAGACAUGAAGCCCAGAAGGAACUUCCUCCCAGCCUGGAACCAUGCAGAUGAAUGGGUCAAGACCAAGGACAAUCAGUGGAAAUUUGAGUCGACCCUGCAAGCCAAUCACAAUAACCUGACGUGGUGGGAAACCGGCAAGGCAACUCUGUACAAUAUCCAGGUUAACGUGGAUUCGCGCAUGUCGACAUGGCUGGUGGCUAUCCCAGUGAGCCUUUCGGCGGUCACUUCAGACGCACAGCUAACUGCGCUGGCCCAUUACGUAAAAGGAGAACAAGACCUCACGUCAACAAUCACGAGUGGAGGCAAGGUAAUUCACGGUGUUGGCAGUGACGAUACUCCGGACGAGAAAAAGAAAUGGGACGGAUACCAAGAUCUGCUCAAGAACACUAUUGUCGACAAGAUGACAGACACCAGCACCUUCGAGAAGACACUUCAAGAUGGCCUGAACGGACAGAAGAGAUUCGUCUCCCCUUCUGGAGGAACUUUCGAUAUGAAAGACCCGAUUUUCACAGUGGCUGGCGACUUGAUGCUUGGGCUGACAUAUAGGGAGGGCCAGUCAAAGUCACAAAAGUCUGGCAACCAACAAGUACAAACCAGCUGA